GUUUGAUUCCAACUUCAUAUCGACAGUUAAUUCACCAGGUUUUUAACCUAAAAGUCCUUUCCAUCGUGUUUUUUUUUCUCAGUUGUAAUAGAUGCAAACAUGAAUAUCAAUGUAAAGACAGAACCACAAACUGUCAGUAACGACUGGUUCGCUUACCAAACUGAUGCUGGAGUCACUCAGUCUCACUACAACUGCAGAACUGAAGAACACAUAUGGAAUGUCUGUACUUGUUCAUGCUUUCAAAUGAAAAGGUUCAAUAAAGGUCGAUGUAUGCCAGAAUUAACUUGCACAGCCAGCCAAACUGAUGAGCAUUUAUCAACAAACCAAACCAAAAGUCCGGUUUCCAAGUCAGUCCAAACAGAAGGUAUUACGAUUGAUGAAAAUUCAAUGUCAUCUCAUGCAUCCAAGCUUCACUCUACUACACUAACAAGAGACACAGAGCUAGAGGAUGAAAACAUGGUAUUUGAUGUUGAAUUACUUGAAGACAAUGAUUACAUAGAAAGUAAUGAUAGUGAUAAUGACAUUCAGCAACCAAGCAACAUUGAAGUCAAUGAAGACACUCUUCAGGCCAAUCAUGGUUAUUCUGAAAGAGAAGAGAAUUACCAAGAUAUUUCUGAAAAUAAAAAGGAUUGCUUUUCUCUCGAGAACCAGUAUCAACCUUCACAAGAUAUCACUGAGCUCUUCAUAUGUAUGAAGUGUAACUUGGGGUUCAAGUGUGAGAGGCACUUGGAGAAUCAUGAAAACAUAAUACACAAUGGUACAAAACCUUUUAAAUGUGACUCUUGUGAUAAAGUGUUUGCCCAUAAGAACAGUUUAAAGAUUCACAAAGAAGCACACAAGAAUAAAGUCAGCAGCAAUCUAGAGAGAAGUGGUGUACUGCAUCAUACAAAGAAACAACAGGCAAUUCAAACAACCGAGAAGUCAUUUAAAUGCACAAUAUGCCAUAAAACCUUUAAACAAAAAGGGUACCUGAAAGUCCACAUUCAAAUACACAGAGGAGAGAAAGAAUUCAAGUGCAAUAUCUGCAAUAAAGACUUUGCAACAAAAUCUAGCUUACAAACUCAUAAUCUAAUACAUCAAGGACAAGGGGAGAAACCACAUAAAUGUACAAUCUGUGAUAAAGCCUUUGCAUACAAGAGUACUUUAAACAGUCAUCAUCGAAUCCACAGUGCAGAGAAACCAUAUAAAUGUACAAUCUGUAACAAAGCCUUCAAACAAAAGGAUACUUUAAACAUUCAUCAGCGAAUCCACAGUACAGAGAAACCAUUUAAGUGUACAAUCUGUAAUAAAGCCUUCAAAAUGAAAAAAUAUUUAUACAGACACCAUCGAAUCCACAGUAGAGACCAGAAACCAUUUAAGUGUACAAUCUGUAAUAAAGGCUUCACACUCAAGAAAUAUUUACACAGUCAUCAUCAAAUCCACAGUGGAGAGAAAGUACUUAAGUGUACAAUCUGUAACGAAACAUUCACAUACAGGACUGAUUUGAAUAUUCAUCGUCGGAUCCACAGAGGAGAGAAACCAUGUGUGCAAUCUGUAACAAAGCCUUCACAAGAAAGAAUUCUUUAAACAGACAUCAUCGCCCGGGAGAGGGGGGGGGGGGACUUCCCUAUAAAACAUGGUAGGAAUGCUCGACGCCUUUUAGGGUCGAAAAUAAAACCCUCGCGUACCUUUUAGGGUCCUAAGUUGACUCCGUACCUUUUAGGGUCAAUUUUCGAAGAAAAAAAAAUUGAAAAAGUGUUAACAAAAAAUUAGAUUUUAAUAACCUCAGCAAUCUAUGGGUAUUGAUUUUCUACAGUUUGUUAAACUUGAGCUUCUCUCUUGUUAAAGACGUCAAAAAUGGUCUUACCUUUAAGGGUCUGGAAUCGAUGCCUGGAUUAAUUUAUGCGUACCUUUUAGGGUCAUUUUUCAAUCCGUCCGUCGAGCAUACCUACCAUAUUUUAUAGGGAAGCCCCCUCCCCGGGCAUCAUCGAAUCCAGAGAGGAGAGAGACCAUUGAAAUCUAAAAUCCACAAUUUCAAUUUAAGUUAUAGAUAACUGAGUCCUAGCCUGCGUUACAUCCGGUUUUAUUUGCCGUUUCUUUUAAAACCGGAUGUAACGCAGGCUAACUGAGUAUUGAGAAGCUAUUUGAAUACACAAUUCAUCGGAGGAGUAUUCUGUGCACGAAUGAUAAAACUUUUACUCCUCUCUGAGAGAGUGCAUGAAGGUAUGUGUGAUGUUGAGUUAUACGUUGGGUUUCCUAUCAAUAAUAAAGUGUGUUUUCAG